AUGACCACAUCGCGAUCCUUCUCUCCCGAACCAUCCUACAUGACCGCGGAGGCAAUCCCACGUCCAUCCUCUCCUGCUACGUUAACUACGGUAGCCUCAAGUUCUCGCACAGAGCAGCAACGGCUAUUCGAAUCUGAUGUAAUUGACAAGACAUUGAAACCAGGUGUCUAUCGUAUUGUGAACGAUAGCAAUCCCGAUUUCGUGGUCGAUCUUUCCGGACAGGAUCUCAAGACUAUCAUCGCUUUUGGAUCUCACGGAGGAAAAAACCAACAGUGGGAAUUCUCGCGUCUCGGGCCUGGAUACUCGAUCAGCUGCCUCUACAACGGGAUGUAUAUGACCUUGGGCUCCGGGAUAAGCGAGGGCGGAAAUAUGAUAGCGAUUCCGUAUCCUGUGAGUUGGGCCGUCGAGGCAGAUGAUUUCGAGGCAGGCGUCUACAGAAUUCGUUGGCCAGAAAGUCCGUUCGUGUUUGACUAUCCAGGAGGAACUGGACAUACCAUUCAGCUCUCGAAUAGAUAUCCCUUUAAGCCCACUCGCCUCUGGCGACUUGUCCCAGUGAAGAUAGAUAUUCCGCAAAUGACUGCCGAAAGUCUCGAGUUUACUACUUCGUCUCCGAGACGAAUGGACGCUGCUCCCGCAUUAAUUACGAAUGCGGACACAGUGAUCGACGCAGAAGGACUCAAGUUCGGGGGCAACGGUGAAUUGUCUAUUACCACAACUACGACAACAGUGACGACCACCGUAACCACCGUAAAACGGCUUGGAGUACCAUAG